UAGCUCGCGCGCUGCUGAUAACAUCAGUUUUCCACAAGUUCCCUCCGCUCGCGCUCCAACUUUUCUCCGCUCCUCCUCAGAGCAGCAGCAGCAGCAGCGCUAUGGAUGUGUAUGAGAGCCGCUCUCAGGACUGCAGCAGCUGAACCCUCUCCUCACACUGUAACUCUCACCCCGGUGCUGCACUAUUACUAUCACUACUGUUUCACGGGGGAAAAAAAGCACGCGCAUCCUCACACACCUGUCAGACAGCGCGUGCGGUGUUUUUUCUCCCCUGUUGGCUGAGCGUGCUCGGUGUAUGUCCACUCAACGGGACUAAUAUCCAGUGGGAGGUCGCUUUCGGAAGGUGCCAUGAGGCUGCUCUGGUGGAGCUUGCUGAUCCUGGACCAGUGGAUUCUGCGAAAGGUGCAUGGCCUGGGAAAACAGGUUAGCAAAUCUGUCGAUUACCCAGAGCUAGGAGCAACAGGGUCCAUCCUGAAGACCCUCCCAUAUGGUGUAGCCGGUGGAAGGGUGAUAGAGGCACCAGGAGGAGUCAAGCCAGACAUCCAUAAGCCCAGGAUACACUCCACUCUGGACCACAUGCCCACAAAGCCCAAACUCUCCACCUACGGCUCCCACAGUCCGUACGGCUGGGGCAAGAACCAGACGCAUCUCCUAGAUCAGACAGGUUACCACCCCAAGCGCAAGACUCCGCUCAAAACGGCCACCAAGACCAAGAAGAUCUUCGGCUGGGGAGACUUCUACUUCAACGUGCAGACCCUGAAGUUCAGACUGCUGGUGACGGGAAAGAUCGUAGACCACGUCAACGGAACUUUUACCGUCUUCUUCCGCCACAACUCAUCCAGCCUCGGAAACGUCUCCGUCAGCAUCGUGCCGCCGUCCAAAGUGGUAGAGUUUGAAGUUCUUCAGCAGCAGCAAAGCACCCUUCAUCAGCCAGAGAUCCAUUUCCACCAGCCUCAUCAGUCAACCAUCGACCCCAAGGACAUCAAAACCUUUAACUGUCGCGUGGAGUACGAGAAGACCGACCGCUCCAAGAAGUCCAAGCCCUGCCUGUACGACCCGUCUCAAAUUUGCUUCACCGAGCACACCCAGUCCCAUGCCGCCUGGCUCUGCUCAAAGCCUUUUAAAGUCAUCUGCAUCUUCAUCUCCUUCUUCAGCAUCGACUAUAAGCUGGUGCAGAAGGUCUGCCCAGACUACAAUUUUCAGAGCCAACAACCGUACUUUGGAUGAGUGGGGGCAAACUGAAGGAAGCAGGGGGUUGACCGACGAGUGGGAUGUUGUUGUGUGUCUUCUGUCUAUUCCACGUUCUCGAGAUUCUGUUAAAAGAAUGUGGAACACGCAAAAAAUGCUAAACCUGGUGGACACUUUACCAAGACGCUUGGAAGAGGUUUUUGUUCUGAGUUUUCUUUGUAUAUACUGUAAACAGAUCCAGCUCAGUUAAACUCUUAAUAUUUAUUUAUUGUUUUUCGUUGACUUUUGUCUGUCUGACUGUUAGAAAUAAUUUUGGAAGAAUGAUGGUGAACAUGGAAUUUUUAUAUUAUUCCUUUAUAUGACCCUGCACACUCUGGAGUGUCUUAGUAUGAGCGCCGUAUUGUAUGUGAAACUGAUCGUAGCACAGAUUAUAACAGCAUCAAAAAGCAGAACUGCAGCCAGCGCUGGCAGAUUGUUGAGGUCCAUACUAGGAGUGGGCGAUAUGAUCAAAAUAUAACAUCAUAUUAAGAAAUACAGCCUUGAAGUGAUAUUAAUAUACUGUUAUUUAAAGGAACAAGUUGCCAACAAAACCUAAUUAACUAGAUUUAUUGUGUACACACAGCUAAAACAUAUUUAAUAUCUGACGUAUGCUUAUUUGUUAGACUAACAUUGCUAACCAACACUGGACCUGGACUGUUAUCUUGGCAAAUAUUCAAACAAAAUUAUAUUUUAGUUGCAUAACAGUAUAUUAAAAAGUUGAUAAAACAAUAACUGUGGAUAGAUCUUAAUUAAACUCUAUUCUUAAUUAAACUAAUUUCUCCUAUGCUGUUUAUCCUUAAGCUGGACCACGAUGGGCAGAACAAUAGCAUAUUUUGUACUAAGGUAAAAGUGGUUGCGGUUACUCAAAAUAAUGACCAGAGUUAGUGCACAGAUUUCCUAAUUCAGAGUAGGGACUGACCCAAAGAGCCUGUGGUGAGGUAUGUGUCACAGACCAUUUAAAAUAUUUACAUUUACUGCAUUUAGCUGAUGCUCUUACCCAGAGUGACUUACAAGGUUAUUCCUAUUAUAGAGGGGGCCCAAUGUAAUGUUAGGAGUCUUGCCCAAGGACUCUUAUUGGUGUAGCACAGCAUACUGUCACCUAGACCUGGAAUUAAACCCAGUCUCCCACAUGAUAGCUCACUGGAAGGCGGUGGUGUUAUUCAUUGCACCACACCAAGUUCCUUACGGCACUUUGUCCUUUACUUUAACUCAUUAAGUGAGACUGUGUGUGAGUGUGUGAUCACAUAUAUUUAUAGAAUGUAGCAGUGUUGGGCUAGUGCUGGAGAUAAAAGUAGCUUCUUUUAAAAGUAUGUAUGUUUUGCCUCUACAGGUCUGUCCCAACUAUUUUAACAAUUCAAGCGCUUUCUUAACAUUCCAUAUAACUAGUUCUGACCUAAUAACAGCAUGAAUGAGCUGCUAAUACAAUUCUGCUUUUUCAAUUUUGAAUUUGAUAUCAAUAGUCAGAAACAGGUCCAGGCUUUUAUGGGUUAAGACUAAUCUAAUUAAGAAACCUAAUAAAGAGAGCUGGAUUUUAGCUCAGUAAUGAGAUUUCUCAAUUUGUGCAUGGAAACAAAUGUAUAAAGUGGAAAUAUGUGAGCAGUGUUUAGUGCAGAACCUGCGAGAUAGCAACAUAACACUAUCUUAGCGAUGUAAUCUUUAUCUUCUAGCAGAUGUUUGUUAUUUUGUGGCUUGAUGUGUUUAAAAAGGCUGCCACAUUAAAUUUUAUUGAGAUUAUUGGCUGGUUCCAAAGCAGAAAUCUCAUUAUUGCCUGACUCAUGCAAACUUUGAGUUUUCCUCUUAUCUAAUUACUGAAGUUAAGUAAACUCAAAAAUCGGAUUACUGACAAACUGCAAUGGUUAGCACUAAUUGGAUUAUAAACUGCAUGCAAAUGCUUUUUAUGGAUUUUUAAGUGAAGAUCUGGAGGCAUUAUGAGCUGGAUUAUAGACAUUGUUUAUGUUCACAUUUAAGAAGAGCAUCAAUCAAGUGGAGCUAAAGAGCAAAUAAAAUAUUAUUUAAUCAAAUAAAACUAUAAAAUGUAUGAAUAUAGAUGUUGUUUAGACUUGUAAGACCAAAUGGCAUGAAUAAAAGCAGAAUUAAAAGCUAAAAUAGUACAAGUAAAAUUUAAAAAAAUAAUACCAAUGAUAAGAAGAAGACCAUUCUAAAUAUACAAUACUAUAUAUUCUGGGCACAUAUGGAUUUUAGCCUCUCCAUUUAAUCCAUCAGUGCAAGUGGCCUGGUGCUCUAAACGCUGAGGAAAAUUUUAAGACAACCAUAAAAAUGUUAAAAUCAAAACUAUUAUGAAGCUAAAAUCUAAUACAAUUACUAGAAAAAAUAUAAAUAAAGAAUACAAAAUAAUGAAAGUAAUAAAAGCAAGAUGAGAUUGGUGACUGUCUAAAUCUACAGUUUGUUAGUAAUGUUAGCUUAACGUCUCUGGGCCAAGUCAUCAACUCUUCUGUUAUUCAGCAAAGCAUAUUGUGACACAUUUAUGAUUAAAAUGAUGAUAUAUCUACAUAUUGCCCACCCCUACUACAUACUGACACAUUUCACAUUUUGUGUAGUAUUGAAGCUCGCUGCACAACCAGCUCAUCAAAUUAUCAACCAGGCACCACUUCAGCUCUGCAGUCAUGUCAGUUUUAUCCAAAUGAAAUGUCUCACGGGUGUGCAGUCUUUCUUCCCACCCCUGAGUGGUUACUCAAGUAAUGAGAAGACGUUAUAGAAAAACUGUUAUAAUCUGCCGGGGCUUAAUGCAGCUCAUCUUAACAGGUGCUGUCAGAGUGUGUACUUUACUCAUCUUACCCUGUAGACACACACCCAGAAUCACAAACACACAAAUCCUCCUUUAGGGAAGUAUUCUGUCAUCAAAACCGUUGGCAAAUGCUCAGAACACUCUUAAAAAGAAAAUAAAGGUGCUACUGAAGGCUCUUUUUGCAGAGUCAUGGAAGAACCUCUUUUGGUUUCAUAAAGAACCUCUUUGUAAAGGAGAUGCAUGUGUGAAGAACCUUUGCAUUAACUUAUUUAAACCAUUAAAAGGUUCUUUACACUCGUAACUUAAAACUAAGGCCAUAAGAUAAAUUGUAUUUACUUUAAUGUGGUGAGAGUUAAUGCAUUAAUGUAUCCAACUUAUCUGGACACUUUACUCCUUUCAGACACUGCAUCCAUUACAAUAGACGUCAUGUAUUUUCUUUAUUUUUAAAUGGUUUGCUGCACAUAACACUAUUUGAGAGCUGUUGUUUAUCAAAAUAGAUCAUGAAUCAGCCUAAGAAGUAUAUAAACCAAUAAAACAGUAGCUUGGCCCCGCCCACUGGAAAAACAGAAGUACUAGAGCCAUUGAGGGAAAGUAGCAGCUAAUAUUUCUAAUUUUAAUGUGAUUUAGAACACUUUGGAAAGAAACUAUUAAAUAUUUUAGUUAAUUGGAUUUAUUUGCUAUAUAUAUUUUUAAAGUAGAAUAUUAAAGUCUUAUUUUCUGUGCAGACAAAAAACAGCAUUCUUACAUUUUCUUUCUAUCACUAGAGAUAAUUCAAGUCUGAAAGGGUUAAUACGUAUAUAUUUUUAAAUACAUUAAUUACAUUACAUCUUCCUCACAAAAUUCAUUGUUUUAACAGAACCUCUGAAAAGUUAGCAGUUUUAUUUAGCAACAUAAACACAGUGUUCUACUGUCAUGCUCAGAAGAUAGAUUAUGCGUUAUAUAUUCUGAAAUAUGGAUUAAAUCUCAAAAGUAACUAUUUCUACCCCUAAUUUCCCUCUCUCUCUCUCUCUCUCUUCCUCUCUCUCUUUCUGACAGACACACACACAUAGCUGCUGAUCCUGUUAAUUCAGUAUGUUUUCUUUUCUAUCUGACUAAACCUACCUGUUUAUUUGAUAUCUCUUAUGUCUGUUUGGCUCUGAGUGGUCCAGCGGUUUAAGGCACUUCCACAUGCUUUAUGCCUUCAGCAGCUGGAGUCUGAGAGAACACAAUUGGCAAUGCUCUCUCUGGGUGGGUAGAUGGCGCUUUCUCCUCUCAUCAUUCCUAGUGAGAUGUUAGCUGUUCCCAGGCCUCUGUUAGCUUCUAUAUCUAAGCUGGUUCGCUGCGCUUCCCUAUAAGUGCACUCGCUAUACAGUGAUGCUGCAGUCAGUUUGAAAAGGGAUGGUGGCUGGCUUCACAUGUAUCAGAGGAGGCAUGUGCUGGUCUUCACCCUCCUAGUGUUAAGCGCAUUAAUAGUGAUAGGGGGAUACCUUGAGAGUGGUCUGGGUAUUGGCCUUCUAAAUUGGGGAAAAAUAAUAAUAAUUUUAAAAACAUAAAAACUGCCCUCUAUAAUUUUGUUUGCAAUAGUUCUUUAUGAAACUAAAAUGGUUCUUCUAGGGCCAUCAAAUCUGUACUUUAAAUCCAGUAAUCAUUCUUGAAUUUUGAAACCUGGAAAUUAAAGAGGUAAAGUCAUCUUUGUAGUAUCUUCAUUUUAAAUGUGUAUAGCAGAUCACCACUGUCAUUUAAAAACCUCUGGAUUAAAUCUUCAAAAUGCUAACUUUACAGAAGAAAAAAAACCUUCUUAACUUUUAAUGGAAGAAUUUUUAUUAUAUCAUUAUAUCUAAACUACAAAAUGAAAUUCUAUCAAAAAUCAUUAAAUGCUGAAUACAGAGAUAGUAUUUGUUUUGCACAAUAGUAAAAACAUACACUCAGAACAUAUGACGAUAUGAGUUUUCAGGUAUAUCCAUUAUCUUUAGCUACUUAUAAACUCCUCCCAACAGAACAGGAGUUGUGGCCCAGAUGUUACUCUGUUUUAGAGAGAUUAUGCGAUAUUUAUGGUUGUUAUUUAUGGAGGGCAUUCUCUAUUCUAUGUGUUUUCCUAGACAAUGCUGUGAAGAAUUACAGGUUUAGUGUUUUACAAACUCUUGUUUGUUAUUUUGGAUCCUCCUCCUGUUAUUCUAAAUUGUAGAGCAUGCUCUUGGAUUACAGCCCUUGGUUUACAACAGUAUUACCUUAGAUGUUUCUGAAGGUUGCAUCCAAGUGACGAAGUGGCAUUAGGAUAAAUCGGGGGGUGAAUAAAGCUGCUAAACUAUGUAUUUGGAUUUGUAUAUGCAUAUGCCAUAUACCUAGUAGGUAACCAGUGAAAAGUAAUGUAUGUAAAGAAAGAAAUUAACUCUAUGAUUACCUCUAUAUAUAUAAUGUAAUGAAGGAACCAGAUCAAUUUAGCUUAAGUAUUAAAAGUAAUUAUCACAUAUGUAUGCUGGCCUAAAGAUGCAAAACUAAAUGGAUGUUGAUGAGUUGCUGACGCUGGACUCAAGACACGGUCACGUCUCAUCUACGUAUUUAUUUUAUUCUCUUUUGUUUGCGCGGUAAAGCACCAAAAAUCAAAUUUUGUUCAUUUCUGGACAACCGAUCAGUCUGUGAAACUAAGAGGCUAUCUGGAUCAGGACUGAAAUUGCAGGUCUGUGAAUAAAGUAUUGCUUGAUAAUGUGUAUAUUUGACAUUGGAAAAAUUAUUGUGUGUAAAUAAUGUAUCUGAAAUAAAUUAUUAAA